GUAAUCAAGUCAUUGAAUAGAUUUGAACAUUUCGGAUAUAUAUAUAUAUAUAUAUAUAGUUUUUGAAGAAACCUCUUUUUAAAAAAAAAACAAUGCAAAGAUUAUAUGCUAAAUCAGUUGCUAAUGUUAAUACAAUUAAUAUAUCUAUCAUUGGUAUGAAUGGUUCUGGAAAGUCAGCUGUGGUCGUCAAAUAUCUAACCCGUCGUUUCAUUGUGGAAUAUGCACCUUAUCUGAGUGACAGUUAUACGAAAGCUGAUUCAGUCGAUGGCCAUGAAUUAACAGUGAACAUUCAGGAUACAUCUGAUAGUGAUGAAAUUGAUCUUGAUGAUAUAAUUAAAUGGUCACAGGCAAUUAUUAUAUUAUUUUCUAUGACAAGUCGCCGAAGUUUUUAUCGUGCUCAAGAACUUGUUGAAGCAAUUCAUUCACAAUCUGAAUUAAUUGACAGAAAACCAAAAUUAUCAGGAACACAACAAUCUAAAUCAAAUAAUUCACAACACAUAAAUACAUCAUCAUCAACAUCAUUAAGUACUUCAUCAGUUUCAUCAGUAAAUCCUUAUUCUAGCAGUACACAACAUAGUUUGACACAAUCUGGUUCGUUAAGACGUUCAGCAUUAUAUAAUAUUAAUACUGUCAAACCACCUAGUAUAAUACUUGUUGCGAAUAAAUCAGAUUUGGAACGAUUUCGUUUGGUUCAAAAAGCAGAAGCUGAAGAGUUUGCGAAAUUUCAUGGAAUUCCAUAUUACGAGAUAACUGUUACUGAAACCUAUAAAGAAGUUCAAACUAUUUUCCAUGCAGCAGCCCGUCUUUGUCUUCAAUCAAAAGGUUUGAAACCACGUCAAAUGAAUGGACAGACUACAUCGAGCGGUAGAGGUAUUCUUCCUGGUGGGAAUCCUCCUAGUGUAUUAACAAGUUUAGCAGUGUCACCAAGUCUGUUACUACAGAAAAAAAUCAACAUCUGUAUCACCUAAUCUCGAAGUGACAACAAGUACAGAAUCUGAAUUGAAUACAACAACAACAGCAACAACAGGUGGGUCUGCUUCAAUUCUUUCCAAUCUUAAAUUAAGGGCAGCCAGUCCUAAUUUGGUUACAAGUGGGAUAAAAACACCAACAUCUAUUAGAUUCAUUGGAUCACAAUCUAUUCUAAAUUCAAAACUACCCCCAACUCCACCCAACCAACCAGUCACUCAACUUUCUUCCAACUCAACAACAACAAACGAAUUCAAAACCUGUCACAAUCCAACCUACAUCAAUGACACAAACACCAAAUACAUUAACUCGUAAACAUCCAAGUGUAAGUAGUAGUCAACCAACAACGGAACAACAAACAACAUCUUCUAUUACACCAGCUAAUAUUAAUCAAACAUUAUCAACAUCACAAAUACAAUUAAAUAAAAAACCACCUUCUAUAACACUUCCUCAACCAAAAAAAUCCGG